AUGGCACCCGUACAGCCGAAUUCAGAUUCCUCUCUCCUCUCUGAGAACGAUCUUCCAGCGGGGAUUUCUUACGCAGAGGCGAUGGAGGGAGGCUCGCGGCCGCUCCUACACCCCGACAACCCCGUCGUCUUCCUCGACGUCUCCAUUGGCAGUCACGAAGCAGGCAGAAUCAAAAUCGAACUCUUCAAAAACAUCGCACCGAAAAGCGCUGAAAACUUUAGGCAAUUCUGCACAGGCGAGUUUCGCCAGAACCAAGUGCCGAUCGGCUACAAGGGCGCCACGUUUCAUCGAAUCAUCAAAAACUUUAUGAUCCAGGGCGGCGAUUUCGUGAAGGGUGACGGCACUGGGAGUUUGUCAAUCUACGGAACUUCCUUUCCGGACGAGGCGUUUGUUCUUCCCCACUUCCGCAGCGGUCUCUUGUCUCUGGCGAACAGCGGGCCAAACACGAACGGAUGUCAGUUCUUCAUCACUUGUGCAAAGUGCGACUGGCUGAAUAAAAAGCACGUGGUCUUUGGACAAGUCCUCGGGAAAGACUCGAUGCAAGUCGUGAGAAAAAUCGAGCACGUGACGGUCGAUGGGGGCAACCGGCCGCGCAUCCCUGUCACUGUCACCCAGUGCGGCGAGCUGUAG